ACGUACCGUCUGCGGCCAAGAUGGCGUCCAUCAUCAUCAUCAUCAUCAUCAAUGUGAUGAUGAAGAAGCGCAGCGUCUUCAUGGCGGCGACUCACAAAGUCGUCAAACGUUUCGAAGCGAUAAACCUUUUUUCCGAGCGUCGACGAGACGAAACUCGGAGCGGCCGGUCAGAGUCCAAAGAAGCCCACGCGGCGGCGUCCUGCGAUCCGAUUGGUCCGAGGAAGAAGAUGGCGCCGACCAACCCGUCGCCCGUGGGCCCCCGGAAGAUCACGGUGUACGACCGGGAGCACUUCCAGGGCAAGCGCGUGGAGUUCACGGCCAGCUGCCAGAACGUCACGGAGUGCGGCCUGGACAACAUCCGCUCCCUCAAGGUGGAGUGCGGCGCCUGGGUGGGCUACGAGCACUCCAGCUUCUGCGGCCAGCAGUUCGUCCUGGAGAAAGGAGACUACCCGCGCUUCGAGGCCUACAGCGGCAGCAACUCUUACCGCAUCGAGAGGAUGAUCUCCUUCAGGCCCAUCUGCUGCGCCAACCACGAGGACGCUCGCAUGACCAUCUACGAGAUGGAGAACACGACGGGUCGGCGGUUGGAGCUGUCCGACGACUACCCCUCCCUGCAGGCCAUGGGCUGGUUGAACAACCAGGUCGGAUCCAUGCACGUCCAGAGCGGCGCGUUCGUGUGCUACCAGUACCCGGGCUACCGAGGCCAGCAGUACGUCGUGGAGGCGGACUGCCGCGGGGGCGAGUACAAAUCCUACCGGGAGUUUGGAUCCCAUGCUCAGAGCCCCCAGAUCCAGUCCAUCAGGAGGAUCCAGCACUGAGGAUCUUUUUCUUCCUCCUCCUCCGAGUACGAGCGGGAUCCCGGGAUUGGCUUGGAGCGCUCGCCUGCGGGCCGCGGAAACUUUUGCAUCUCGACUCGAUGAAAGGCGUAAGAAGAGCAAGUGCUCGUCGUCACUUUGUCGUCAGUCUCCGGUCAAAAUAUUCGAAUAAAGACCAAAGAGCGGCAAACCCAACGCCGGCGCCACGUC